AUGGCGGAAGCGGCGUCCGCGCAGGACGACCUCUCCGCCUCGUCGGCGUAUGCGACACUCGAUGCGCUGCUUUCAGAGGGCAAGCUCACACAGGCGGAGCUCCAGCUGUACAAGUCCAAGUUCGCCAAGCUCCACGCUGCCGUCCUUCAGACAUACGACAACGAGGCAAAGCAGCUCAAUGCCGAACUGGCAGAGGAGCGCCGCAAUCUGGACGAGGUGUCCCGCAAGGCGGAGGAGGGCUCCGAGACUACAGCCGCGCUGCGUGCCGAGGUCGCCAAAGGGGAGGCCGAGCUUGCGGUCAGGGAGGAACGGGUGGGGCUGACCGAGCAGGAGCUCGAGGAGCUGCAAAAGGUGCACCAGGAUCUCGAGGGGGACAUCGCGAGCGUCGCCGCGCGGCAGGCGGCUGAGCUGACGCCGCAGAUCGAGGCACUUGAGGCGGCGGUCGACGAGGCGCGCGCUGAGCUUGCAAAGUCCAAGGCAUCGCUCGCAAAGGUUCAGCGAGACCGCAAUGAGGUGCAGAGCCGAUACGACGAGCUUCGGCAGGCGCGGACGGACGUAGAGGCGCGGCGCGCGCAGCUUGCGGUGCAGCUUGUCAAGGUCAAGUCGGAGCCGGACAAGGUGAAAAAGCAGGCGGACGCCGUGGCGGGUGCGCUGGCGGCGCUCGAGGCGGAGAGCGCCAAGCAGCUGGACACGCUGCGUGGGCUCGAUGGGGAGCUGGCGCACCAAGUGAAGCGGCGGAAGGAGCUCGAGGAGGGCAGGAUGGGGCUGGAGAUGGCGGUGGAGCGGCACCACGCCAUGAUUGAGCAGAAGGAGCGCACUCGCGACGAGAUGCUCAAGCAGCUAGACCUCCUCAAGGAGGAAGCGGUGCACGCGGCGACCGAGCGCACCCGGCUUGCGAUGGAGGUCAAGGACGUGAGCCACGACGCGCGGCGGGAAGCGGACGCGCUGAACCGCAAGGUGCGGGAGUACAACCAGGCGCUCCGACGGUGUAAAAAGGUCGAGCUGGCACUCAACAACUCGUUGUCGCAGCACCCCUUCCUGCAGCGGCAGCUCGACGAGGUCGUGCGGCAGGUAGCCGCACUGCGGGACGCGAAGGCGAAGAACGACGAAGCCGCGGAGGAGAUCCGGCGCGACGUCGACGUGCACAUCUCGAACCUGCUCAAACAGGAGACGGCCGAGGAGGAGAAGAAGGAGUGGCUGGUGCAGCUGAUGGAGGACGUCAAGGCGCUGGAGGCGGACCUCGCCGAGGUGACCAAGGAGGAGCACGACAACCGAAAGGUGCUCGCGCGGCUCUCGGCUGAGCGCGAGGCUGCGGCGCGCGAGGCGGCCAAGGUGAUGCAGUCGGCAAAGGAUGUGCACGAGGAGCUCAAGGUGAAGGAGCUGGUCAUCAUGGACCUGACCAAGCGGGUGGUCGACUCGGCGACGCGGCUCAAGGACUUUUCGAAGCUGUAUGACGCGGUCAAAAUCGAGCGCAACAAGUACGUCACCAAGAUCCAGACGUCGGCGCAGGCGCUCGCCGAGAUGAAGGAGAAGAUGAAGAUCCUGCAGAACGAGGUGGAGAUCCUGCGCGCCGAGUCGGCGCAGAAGGACCGCGCGCUGCACAAGGAGCGGAUCGAGCACACCGGCUCCUUCAACGCGCGCGACCAGCUGCGGGCGGAGACGAACCGCCUGCAGACCUGCGUCCGAGAGAAGGAGAAGGAGGUGGGGCAGCUCGCGGCAGAGGCGGAGAACCUCAACGCGGUCGUCAGCGGCAUCGAGCGCGAGAUGGUCAAGCUGAAGCGGCAAUAUGAGGUGGCCGUCGAGGAGCGCAACUACACCGGACUACAGCUCAUCGACCGCAACGACGAGCUCUGCAUCUUAUACGAGAAGUCCAACCUGCAGCAGUCGGCCCUCAAGGCGGGCGAGGCCGAGAUCCGGAAGCGCGAGGAGGAGAUUCGCGCCGCAGAGCUGCAGGUGGCGGAGCUCGCCCGCAACGUGGAGGCGGCGCGCCGAAGGCUGCCACGGAUCCCACAGCUCGAGGAGGAGGUGGCGCUGCUCAAGGCGCAGCUCGAGGAGGCGCGACAAGAGGCGCAGAGGCUAUCCUCCGACCUCGAGGCGCCGGACAACAGCGGCCGCUGGCGCAAGCUCGAGGGCACGGAUCCGGAGCCGGAGGAGCUCGUCGCCAAGCUGCACGUGCUCGAGGAGCGGCUGAACGACAAGAAGGAGCAACUUCUGGAGAAGGAGCUCGUCCUCGAGGAGGUGACGAACCUGUCGCUCAAGCUCAAGGCGCGAGCCGACGAGGGGCGCGAGGAGGCGCUCGAGCUGUCAAAGCGCGUGAACGAGUUCCAGGGCAAGAUCAAGGGGACGACCCGCCGCAUGAUGGCGACCGUCUCGGAGCUGUCGAUGUACCAGGCGACAGCGAUGAAGCUGGCGCACGAGAACCAGCAGCGCGAGGCGGCGCUGCGGGAGCAGGAGGCCAACGUGCAGGCGGGGCUGCCGCCGUCGGAUGAGGUGGAGCGCGAGUGGCUGCGGCACGAGGCUGACAUGCGGAGGAGGAGGGCGGAGGCGCUCAAGAGGAGCGCGCAGCAGCAGGAGGAGCCGCCGCCCUUCGGCGCGCCGUCGACCGCGGCACCCUUCAAGCCGAGCGAGCUCGGCUCGACGAUGCGGCACACCCGCAAGCCGGUGCUGCGGGAGAUCGAGAUAUGA